AUGGCUCUCAUUCCUUGCCCCACCGUUGUCAGGUCGACGCGACGCGACACGACGCGACAACAACGAACAUGUGACCAUACCCAACGACAUCCCAUCAAUAGCGACGACACAUCGAACCCAAGAAUCGCUGCAGCUUUCGCUAGGGCUCUUGGUUUUUAUCAGAACGCUGGACUGUCUCCAAAAUGGGGUCGAGGAGACAACGACUAUGACUCGGACCUGGAGGAGGAGGGCACCCACACGCCACGAGCGUCAGAGUCUAGUGUAGGCAACAGGUCACGGUCCGCAAGGUCGAGCAAAAAAAUUUCCCCAAGCCGUGUCUCAAUCUCAACGUCUUCCUCUCCAAGCCGGAAAUUAGACAGUUUAUCCCUAGAUGCCGACGGAAUCGUAACUCGACAGCUCGGCUUUGGCGAUAAACGACAUCCAGUUGUGCUCAAACAAAUGCUUUCCAAGGUCCUCGAGUGGUCAAAGUGGAAGGGCAUUCUGAGCUCAAGCAUGCGUCAAGUGUUCGGUCAUGAUCUCUCAGAACACGGCCUGGACGAGGAUGACGCGUAUUCGAAGGUACCAGACGACUACGGUAUCAGCUUGUCACCAAACGCUGUAGACGAGAUUCUAGGCCACGCAAGUCCAUCAUCGUCUCUUGGAGAAGGUCUUUCGGGUUGGGGAGCGUCUACGUCUAGUCGAUAUUAUUUCAUGUGUGAUACUGGACCACCUCUCUAUACUCCUACUGGCAACCCUAAUACUAGUAUCAGCCAUUCUGCCACCAUCACUAAGGAGUAUCUACCCACGGCGGCAGGAUCCAAGCUUGUUGACUUUUGCGUCUACGUCAACCCCGAAGCGGGUGCCAAGAGUGGGGAGAACUACACUGACCGUGUCAAUAAGUUGAGACGUUCUCUUCCAAUGCUAUGCAUGAAUCACACAUCCUACCUCGGACUCAAGGCUGAGCCAAUUUCCAUCAGUCUGGAGACUAAGAGAUCGGGCGAUGAUGAGGACAAUGCCACUCUACAGAUUGGCACAUGGCAAGCUGCCCAGUGGAAUUAUCUCAAAUACCUGCUACAAAACGGCGAGUAUCCCUCCCCUUUCCAUCAGCUGCCUCGGCUACCGACGCAGUCGCAUUUCUUCCCAUGCACUAACAGUCAGCAGAUCCUCUGGGCUAAAUUUCCCUUUGGUGAUACCACUUCGUUAGCCGGUGUUUACACAAUUGCCACGGCUGUUCAAUACCUACGGCACUGGACUGCGACCGUGUACUGGGAAUGGUUCAAGAGAAAUAUUUUAGACAUCACUCUUCAGGCUCCUAUUUGA